CAGCUUAUCGUAAAUCGACACAAAUCGUUAGGUAUAUUUAUGUUACAUAAAAAUACAAAUAUGUCGUUCUUCACUCGGUGUUUACCUGCGAACAAUCCGGAUGACUGUCAAAACUCUUUUUCGUUACGCACGUGUUCAGUUUCUAAGGAGACAUAAUAAUUAUGAGUGCGAUCAUCAUGAUUUACGAGCUAAUGAUCACUUGCGUUAUUUUCGCAGACGUCGGUACCAUGCCCGUGAAUCGGUUAAACCAAUUGACGAAUUUCGCACCCGCCAGCCUUGUGGAUCACAAUCCGACAGCGGUCACCCAUCCGCCCAAUUGGGACAUUUUGGACAAGAUCGACGUGAAGAAAUUACUGGACAUGCUGCAUAUACUCAACGAUGACAAAUCUGCGCAAGUGUCGGAAACCAUGAGCUUACCGUCGUCUACUGUAGUGAACGUGGUCCACGAUUUCGACUAUUCGAAAGAAUGCAAGGUCGACGAAGAUUCAUCGAAAAAUCAAGUUACGGAACUGAUGAUUUUGAACACAGCGUACGACAAAGUGUCUGAACAUAUAAAAUCGGUUUACGAAACCAUUCAAAAGAACUACGACGUUUUAAUGAAGCUUAAUAUUUUGAAAGGAAUGCUGAUGAUGGGAGAUAAUAGUAUACAUUCAAAAGGGUCGACACCGUGGAUUAAAUACAUCUCCAAAUACAAAAAUAUUGUUAACAGUCAUUAAAUAGUAUUAUGCUCUUAUUAGUACCUAAU